GUUCUAUGCAUAGUGGAUCUUUCUAUUCCUAAAUUAUGAAUAUGCAUGGGCCUUCAAAUUUUCCUCCAAAUAUUAGAGGACCUGGUCCGGGCCAGUUCAUGGGCCAACUUGGUCCAAAUCAAGGGCCAGGGGCCCCAGGCUUACUUGGACCACCGCCAAUGUUUCAAGGUCCGAGGGGACAAUUUGGACCUUCAUUUGGUCCACCUAACCAGUCUCAUGGCCCACCUCCUCUUAUGGGUCCUCCACCAAGGGAUAUGGGACCAAUGGGUGGCAUGGGGGGUCCACCAGGCUUCAUGGGAAACUCUCCAAGAAUGCCUGGUGAUCUUCCUCCACGUUUGCCUGUUAUUGAUAGAAGCAAAGAGAUAUGGGUGGAAACUGGAACAGAUCAGGGUAAAGUGUACUACUAUCAUGCAAUAACUCGCAAAUCCGUAUGGAAGAAACCAACUGAUGAGAAUAUUCAAAUAAUUACACAAAUUGAAGCAAAUGCACUGGCAGCUGCCACUGCUGCAGGUAUUAUCCCCCCUAUAAAUGUAGGCGGACCAACGGGAAAGACAAAUAUGGGACAAAUGAAGGACGGAGAUUCUGCUGCCUCUCUUGAGCAGGGCCAACAAAAAUCAGAAAGCCAAGAAAAUGAUAAAGAUAAUCAGAAUGAUAAUGAUAAGCUUGAUGACAAUGAUGGGGAGCCGAUGGAUCAGGAACCAUUGAUGCAAGAGCAGUCAAAACCUGAUGUUUCAAUGAAUUACUUAGGUCCAAGUGGGCCCAUGGGUCCCAGGAUGGGCAGACCUGGUCCUGGUAUAGGCGGUCCAGGGCCAAUGCCCAUGAUGAGGCCUCCAGGGCCUGGUAUGCCGAGACCGGGUUUUCCAGGUAUGCCAUUUGGUGGACCCUUUAUGGGAAGACCACCAAUGUUCAUGCCUGGUGGAGGCACGGUAUGGAGGGCCCAUAAAGCUCCCGAUGGCCGUACAUAUUAUUAUAACAUUACUACAAUGGAAACCCAGUGGAAUAAACCUAAAGAAUUAGAGCAAUUUGAGGAGGCUACUAAAAAUAUGGCUGAAGAAGCAAAUCAGAGGGAAAACGCUGAUAAAGUAAAUGCUUCUGAAAAUGAUAAUGAAAACAAUGAAGAAAAACAACACACAAAUUCAUCUGACCGAUCCAAUGAUCAAGAGAAACCACAAUCAAUUAUCAGUUCUAGUGGGUUAUCAGAGGAGGAAAGAGCAAAACAAAAAGCAAGGCCAAUUGCUACUGAACCCGUACCUGGUACACCUUGGUGCGUCGUCUGGACUGGAGACGACAAAGUUUUCUUUUACAACCCUACCACAAAGCUAUCAAUGUGGGACAGGCCCGAUGAAUUGCGUGGUCGUACUGAUAUCGGUAAAAUUUUAAGCGAUCCUCCCCAUAAGCGAAAAAGAGGUGCAGAAGAAUCAGAACCUGCUAAACCUACAGAAGCAGUUUUAGCGGAGCAGAUAUCAAAAGAAGAUGCUGGCAUACCAGCUAAAAAGAAAAAGAAGAAAGCAGCAACAGAGGAUGGGAGUCAACCUAAUAAGCUUGCUAUUCCUUAUGUUCCCUUGGAUGAAAGAAUACAGCAUUUUAAAGAUAUGUUGCACGAAAGAAAAGUUUCUGCAUUUUCCACAUGGGAUAAAGAACUUCAUAAAAUUGUUUUCGAUCCUCGUUACACAAUGCUAAAUACAAAAGAAAGGAGGCAAGUUUUUGAUGAUUAUGUCAAAGUAAGAGCUGAAGAAGAAAGAAAGGAAAAGAAAGCUCAUUUGUUGAAAGUUAAAGAAGAAUUUAAAGAAUUAUUGGAAGAAGCCAAAGUUCACAACAGAAUGUCAUUCAGUGAAUUCGCCGGGAAAUACGGAAAGGAAUUAAGAUUUAAAGCCAUUGAGAAAAUGAAAGAAAGGGAGGCUUUAUUUAAUGAAUUCCUACAAGAAGCAAGAAAGAAAAAAUCAAACGAAGUGAUCGAGAAAGCUGUAAAAGUUAAGGAAGACUUCAUGGCUCUGCUCGAAGAACAGAAAACUGAGAAACACUCAAGGUGGAGUCGCGUUUAUGAUAAGAUUCAUUCAGAUUCAAGAUUCUCUGCUGUGGAAUCGUCGACGCAACGCGAGGAUAUGUGGAAAGAAUAUUGCGAAAUAAGUAAAAGCAAAAAGAAUAGUCGAACGGAUGAUGACGAUGAAGAAAUAGAAAAGAAAAGAAGAACCGAGGAAAGUAUGAAAGCGAGAGCUGAACAAGUGGAAAGAGAAAAGGCGGAGAUGAGUCGAGAAAUCAAUACGGAAAGACAAAAACAUAAAUUAGAUGAAGCAAUUCAACAUUUUAAAGCUUUGCUUUCAGACAUGGUUAAAAAUACAGAUCAAUCGUGGUCAGAUAUUAGAAGGCAGUUAAGAAAAGAAGUACGAUGGGAAAUGGCUUCAUUGUUAUCCAAAGAAGAAAAGGAAAAAUAUUUUGAUGAGCACAUCGAGAGCCUGAAUAAACGAAAAAGAUCGGCAUUCAAGAAAUUAUUGGAAGAAACCAAGCAAAUUGAACUUACGUCUACAUGGAAAGAAGUUAAAAAAUUGAUUAAAGAAGACCCGAGAUAUUCCAAGUUUUCUUCAAGCGAUCGGAAACGAGAACGAGAGUUUGAGGAAGUAAUGAGAGAUAAAAAAUCUGCCGCUAAAGCUGAAUUUAGAGAGUUAUUAAAAGAAACAAAGGUGAUCAAUCAUAAAUCAAAAGAAUUAACAAAAAAUAAUCCUCAACACAUGAAAGAAAUUAUCGCAAUUUUAGAAAAUGACAAAAGAUAUCUGGUGAUGGACUGUAUGCCUCGUGAAAGAGAUGACCUGCUAUACUUUUAUAUGGACGAUCUUUAUCGCAAAGGUCCUCCCCCGCCCCCCACUGCAACAGAACCAUCAAGAAGGGGAGCAAAAACUUCAAAAAUGUUUAAGCGAUUUCGGAAAACCUUACAAGAUGCAACAGCGAGUCCAACAAGUAAUGCUCCGGCCCUACCUCAAGCUUCUGAAACACCAAAAAAUGACGAAGCUUCUGGUUUUAUAUGCCCCAUGUGCAUGGCUGGAUUCAAUGCACCUGAUCAACUUCAAAUUCACUUUGACCAUGCUCAUAGUGAAGAUCAAACUACAACACCACAAGAAACUACCAUAAAGCAAGUGGAAGAAAAUGGAAAUUCUGAUAACGCUACCAACGAUGCGAAUUCCAUACAAAGUAAGUCUGAUCAUGUUGAACCAUUGCAUGCCGUUGCUGUAAAAUCACAAAAUGACAAUACAAACAGAUAUCCAUUUGCUUACACAGAUGGUGACGGUUCGAAUGAUCAAAAACCUUCUGCUAACAAAGACGCAGUUGGCGAAAACGGAGAAGACUCCCUUCGACAAGAAAUAUCAGAUUUAGAAGCAUCAUUAAAAGAAGAAAAAUGGUAUUCAAGUGAAUUGAAAGCAGAAUUAGAAAAGAAGGAAAAUGAACAAAAGGAAGUAGAAUUAAUAAAACAACAGAUGAGUAUUUCAAUAAAGACGAACGAAGAUUUAGCGAGGGAGAAAGAAAAUGUCACUCAAAAACUGGCUGAAAAAUAUCAAGAAUGCGCGAAGCUCCAAUCGCAGAUUGAUGAGCUCAAAAGUGAAAAAUUACACCAAGUGGAAACGAACGAAAAUCAGAGUGCAGAGUUGGAAAAAGCUGCUGCGUGGAUACGGGACUUAGAAUCACAGCUCAUUGAAAGGCCAGGUGCCGAUGACGUUUUGGUCUUGAAGAAAGAAUUGGUUUCCGUGCAACAACUAAUGGAUACGCUCACUCUCGACAGUGAAAAAGAGAAAGCAGAUGUGGAGGAACAGUGCAAAAAGCUUGAAGGAGAAAAUUCACAGUUGAAGAAGACCAUUGAAACCUUACAAGAAGGACAUGAGCAAGCUUUACUUGACCAGCAGAGUUCCCAAACCCUGUUGUCCGAAUCUUUGCAGCAAAAAGAAUCUGAAACAAAAAAACUUGAACAGGUUAGGUUGGACGAAAUUGAAAAAUUAAAAGAGGAGUUGUCUAAUCUUCAGAGUGCUUUGGAAAAUGAACAACUGAAUUCACGAAAUCUUGAAGUGGAAAAUAAUGUUUCACAAGAAAAGUAUUUAACAGAGAAACAGGAUAAGGAGAAAUUUGAAAGUGAUUUGAGCAAAAACAAAGGAGAAAUGGCCAAACUGGAAAAAAAGCUUGAAAAUCUUAAUGUUGAAUUGUCAGAUACCAAGUUGCAAAAAGAGAAAAUACAGUCAAAACUUGAUGAACAAAUACAACAGUCUGAGAAAUCGUCCACUGAAAAAGAUGUUGAUUUGAGAGAGAAGAUCACUAAAAUUGAAUCGCUGACACAUCAGUAUGAAGAUUCCGUAACAAGCCUGAAUUCAGCUAAAAAAGAGAUUGAGAAUCUGUCUACUAGUAAAAGUGGGUUGCAGUCUGAAUUGGAAAAGUUACGUGAGGCACAUAACGAACUACAGUUGUCCAAUACCUUAGCAGUGCAAAAGUAUGAAAGCAAUAUUGAAGACCUUAGAAUGAAGCUCAACCAGGCAUCGUCAACAGAUUCAGAAUUACAAAAGCAAAUCGAACAACUUGAAUCUGACGCAAAAAAGAAUUGGGAGGAAAACCAAGAAGAAAGAGGAAAGUCUAGAAUUGCUUUGUUGGAAUAUGAGAAUCAAGUUAUGCAAAUCAAAAGUGAACAAGAAAAAUUGGAAAACGAACUGAAAGAAGUGAAAAUACAAUUAAAGGAAGAAGUGGAUAAGAGCAAUAAUCUAAAGGAAUCAUCUGCGAAUUUAACAGAACAGAAUAGGUCUUUAGAAAGUGAAAAAAAUGCAUCUGUACUUCAGGUGCAAGCCUUGGAGAAAAACCUUGCCGAUGUAAAUCUGAAAUUUGCUUCUAUUUGUCAAGAAAAAGAAACUGUUCUAGCAGACGUUAAACGACUCCAAGAUGAAAGAAACGAAUUGAUGGCUAAAAUGGAAGUUGGUGAAGGACAGGCUGAAUUGGUCGGACAAUUGAAGGAUGAAAAUGAUUCGCUGAGAAAACGUCUUGAAGAGGGUGAUGCAAAGUUGAAAGAAAUAGUUCAGCAGCAUGAAGCAAUAACUAAAGAAUUCGAAGGUGUGAUCGCAGAGAAUAAAGCUAAAUUAAAAGAACAACAUGAAAAAAUCGAUACAUCUCAAUCUGCUGUAGUUAACUUAGAAUCAGAGGUAAAGAACUUAAAAGACGAUGGCGUUAGACACAAGAAAGAUAUGAUCGAAAAGAACGACAAUAUUAAGAAGAUGAAUGAAGAAAUCACAAACUUGAAACUGGAAUCUGAAACAAAGGCAUCACUAUUCCAACGAUCUGUUGAUGAAAAAUCUAGAGAUAUAGAAAAAUUGACGACGACAUUUGAAAAUUUGAAGUCAUCCUCUGAAAAUGCUCAAAUGAAGGCAGAAGAAACAAGAGUACGUUUACAAGAACGUUUAAAUGAAUUGCAACAGGAAAAUACUGAGAUAACCCUGAAAUUAAAAGAAGAAGAAGGAAAAGUAAACUUGAAAGAAUCUGAAAUUACUGAACUUAAAUUGAACAUGGAAAAUGUGAAAGAACAACAUCAACAAGAAAUUGAUGUGAUGAAAACAAGGCAGGGUGAGAAAAAGGCGGCAUUGGAGUUGCAAUUGAAGGCAUUAGAUGAACAUCUUGCUACCACGAAAGCAGAGCUUGGUGCCACCAAUGCAACUAAAGCUCAAGUUGAGUCAAGUUUAGCAGAUGCUAACAAAAAUUUAAAAAAUGCUGAAAACACCAUUGAUAGUAAGGAGAAAAGUAUAUCAAGUUUGGAGUCCGAUAUUCAGUCUUUGAAAAAUAAAAUGAAUGAAGGCGAAACCAAAUUGCAGGUGUCUAUUUUGGAGUUUGAGAAAAAGAUUACCGGCUUAAACGAGCAACAUUCAAAUGAUAUAAAACAAAGGCAAACAGAAAAUGAAGGCAAUGUUAAAAAAUUUCAAAGCGAUAUUGACACAUUGAAGAAUGAGCACAGUGCAGCUAUUGCACAGUUAAAAGUAUUGAUUGAUGAAAAGGAUGCUCUCGUGAAUGAGAAAAAUCUGGAAGUUUUAAAACUCGAGGGUGAGAUAAAAGUAAGAGACGGUGAAAUCGAAAAUGUCAAGUCUAAUUUUGCAUCAGAAGCUGGUGAUUUGACAGGAAAAUUGACAGCAUCCAAUGCUAAGAUAACUGAACUUGAAAAGGCUGUCGAAAAUUUGAAAGCCGAUAAAGCGAGCCUUGAUAAUCAACUUUCUGCAAAGAUUGAAGAAUUUUCUACAUUGCAAACAAAAUUAUCUAAAUUGGAGAACGACUAUAGCGUCCAAACUGAAAAAUUGAAUUCUACCAGUGCUGAGUUGGAAGCAAACGUUGCAACUUUGGCGGAAGUGAAUCAAAAAUUGACAAAAAGUGAUAGCGAACUAGUCACAUCUCGUGGAACUUUGCAUGAAACGUCCGUAAAGGUUUCAAGUCUGGAAGCAAAUGUCAAAAAUUUAGAAGAGUUGUUAAAAUCUGGUGAUAGUAGAGUGAUUGAGACUGAAAAAAGUCUUGAAGAGGCAGAGAAAAAGCUGCUUGAAGCUGGUAGUUCAAUUCAGAGCAAAGAAGAAGAAAUUAUUACGUUGAAAGAAUACUUCAGCGCGAAAGAGAAAGAGUCGAAUAAAAAAUGUGAAGAUUUUUCAAUCGAAAUAGAAAAACAGAAAUCUGAUAUCAGUGAAUUGGAAUCUAAGUUGAAGGAACGAGUUAGCCUGCAUGAAAAGGAUGAAACAGCUUGGAAAGACGAGAAAAUGUCACUGGAAAAUGAAGCAAAAGAAAAGGAAACUCAUUGGAAAGAAGAAAAAGAAGAAUUAUUGCAAUCUCAAGAUACAUUAAAAGGUGCUCAACAAAUUCUUAUCAACGCAAAAAUGGAGUUGCAAAAACAACUUGAACUUUCAACCAAGGAUAAGGAGUCGCUGAAAAGUCAAAUGGAAGAAUUAAAAGUUUCUCAUGGAGAACAACAAGCUGCAGUAGAUGGCAAAAUUACAAAUUUAUCAGCCGAGUUGGAUGCCAUUAAAGGAUCGUUAAAAACGGAACAAGAAGAAAAACAAAAAAUGGAAGCAAGGUUGCAGUUGGAAGCAAGUACGUUGAGGGAUAACCUGGACAGUGUGAGAGCAGAAUGGCAACAAGCUCUGCAACAGGUUGAAGAGAAGAAUGUAGAGUCUGAUGAUCUACGAGGCCAAGUAGUUGUUCUACAAGCCACUGUACAAAACAAUGCAGAUGAACGUCGUGCUUUGCUUGAAAGAUGCAUUAUUGCCGAACAAGGAGUCGAACAACUCAAAUCUAAUGAAGUGCAAUUGAAAAAGAGACUUGAUGAUGCACAAGCUGCUAUGCAUGAGUUAGGAAGAGAAAAUCAGGCUAUGCAGGUGAAGCAUACAACGGUUUUGUCUCGACAAUGGGCAGAUGACAGGGAGGCGAUUGAAUGCAUGGGAUGUAGAAAGCAAUUCUCUCUCACCAUCAGAAGACAUCAUUGUCGACAUUGUGGAAAGAUAUUCUGUGCGGAAUGCUCUUCCAAAACAAUGACUGUGGCAGCAUCGAAAAAGCCUGUCAGGGUUUGCGAGAAGUGCUUUGAUGAUUUGCUAACUGUGCAAUAAUUUGUUUGCCUUGAUUUUUAUUACAUAUCCAAACAUCUAUAGAGCAACAUGACAUGUGAUUGUGAAUGCUCGAUUGUUCAUAAUUUCUUUCUGGUGAGAAAAAUUACAAAAUUCAUAUUAUUCUUUCAUAAUCUCACGAAUCAAUGUUUAUUCUAUUUAGUUCACGAAAAAUAAAUUUUAAGAUUGGUAAUUCUAGAUUCUGUGUUUCAUCAAAUCAUCUAUCUUCACCAUCAUAACUAGAUUCGUAAGUCACUUUUUGAGAAAUUCAGGUUAUAUUUAUAUAUAUAUAUUACUCUGAACAUGGUUGAAAUGAUCUAAUGCAUUUUUGGUAUUUGAGCAAUGGAAUACUGGUAUGCUAAAGUUGUAUGAGGGUUUGCUAUAUAUAGGUUUGAAUCACAAUCAUAAUCUCCUUGGCCUAGCAUUCAUUUCUUGCCCUAAAUUAUUGAAAUCUCGGUUUUACAUUAUAUAACACCAGGGUUUAUAAAAUUCGAUCUUGGAUAUGAUUUCACGAAGAUAUCAUACCUCUAUUAAAGCAUGAUACAAUUAACAUACCGUAAAUAAUUUGCAUUUCCUGAGAUUAUACUUUAUUAUCCAUAUUUUGGAGUUGGCUUGUUCGCUGUUAAACUUUACUGUGUAGUGAAAUCGAUAUUUUCAAUUUUAUUAUUUAUGCUAUUAUUGUUCUUGCAGUAUUUUUGUCAAUAUGCAUUUUCAACAACAUUUGUCAUGUUGAGUUUCACAUAUUUUUAUUGUUUAUUCUGGGCCAUUCUUUGCCUGAAUUGAAAAAUUAAAAU